AGAUCAUGACCUGAGCUGAAGUUGGACACUUAACUCACUGAGCCACUCAGGUGCCCUGUAUAUAGCUAAUCUUUAAAACAGUAGGUGAGUAGAACAGUACUUUAACAUUAUUUAUAAUUAACACCUCUUUUCAAAAUCUUUGCCUUUUGUAUAUGAGAACAUUAGCACCCUUUAUUGCAUUUCACUUUUGUACAUAAGUGAUACAUAAGAGUUCUAAGCCUCAUCCCAGUAUAGCUUCUCUGCAUCAGUCAUGAAGCAUGAAAAAGUAGUUUGUACUUACCACACUCAAACUAUAAAGCUUUUAUCUACAGCAGAUAAAUUCGGAAUUGUUUUUUCUUCAGUUCUUACAAAUGAAAUUUAAAUGGAUGCCAAAACUAGGUAUAAUCCCUUAUAGAAAAGAAAAUGAAUAUGAACCUAUGAACCAAAGAAAGCUCAAUUUGUUUUAUUCUGCAUACUGAAUGCAAAAAACAAGCAACCCAAAGCCAACCCUUAAAACCCAAUAACCCAGAGUUUUUUUUAAAAAGGAGAAUUCGUCUUAUGUGUUAGUUGCUUUACGGUCAUUUGAAAAUAUUUUGAUCUUGGAAUACUGACGAGAUUCACUCAGAGUAUGGAUAACUCUUUGGAGCAUUAGUUUACAUUUAUAAAAAUUGAGUACGGGUACCUGUAAGAUCUGGGACAGAUCAACCGCCCUUCAUUUUCUACAUAGCUGGGAGAAUUAAGGCAAAGGAUUAUGUUGGGUCCUUUCCUGCUGUGCCAUUCCAAGUUAUAAAAUUAAAUUCAGUGGGUAAAUAUAGCCCUCUAGUGGUUCUAUUAUAUGCUUACACUGUUAACUUUGGUGCAUCUAGCAUUUCUCUGAAGUUACUGAUUUAAAAGAAAUAUUGCAAAGAAUCAAAUUUUAGUAAUAUUACAUGACAGAAAGAGUAUGGGGAGGGGGGAAGUGGUAGGAAUGUUUUAUUCUAACAAUUUUCAUGCUAGAUUAUAACCCAUUUCUGUAACCUACUUUUUGGGUUGUUAACAAGAGUCCAAAAUACUAGAAUUGUCCUGUAUUUCUUAAGAUGAAUGACUGAAUCCAGAUACUUUGCUGAUAUAUUCUGUGACUUUUAUUAUUAGAUAAUUACUUGUGCAUACCAAAGCAUAGGGUAAAUUAAGUGAGGUGGAUUGUAAAAUAAACUAUAUCAAUGCUAUGAAAUAUAAGCUAUUAAUAGGUUAGACUUAGGUUUAUUGAGCUGGAAUUUAUGAUCUGGCUUUAGGGGAAAAUAUGUUACAGAAUGAUUUUAUAUAUGCAUAUCUACCCCUUUUUGCUUAAAAGAAAAAAAAGUGGGAGAAACCUCAAAUCCUAGUAUGAAUAUAUAUUAGAGAAGAUGUACACCAAAAAAUAUUACUACUACCUUUAGGGGAGUGAGAUUUGGAAGGAUGGAGGGAGACUACUUCUUUAUGUCUGAUUAUUCAAAUGGUUCUGGAAAAAGAAACUGAAAUGGAAAAACUCGAAUAGCUCAACAGAAAGUAGGGUCCUUAACCUGAAUAGUUUUAGGUGACCAAAGCUGGUUCUUAAUUUCAGGACUGAUUUCCAGCAGCAAUCAGUUAAGUCAGCUCCCACACUGAUUUUUGAGUAUGUUCAUUGUUUGAAUGGGAUGUGUGCACUUGAUAAUCUCCUUAGAUACUAAGCUGAUGCCCAAAUUGUUUAAAAUGCGUGGUGCUUGUUAUUUCUCUGUAUUUUGCUAAUAAGCUUUUGCCUUGUUCUGGGAAUUAAAAUCCUUUCACUAGCCCAAUUAAAUUUGUUAAGGGAGGGCCUCUAUGAAAAGGCCCUUCUCUGAGGUCUUUGAGUGGAAAUGAUUGGUUCUGAAAAUUCUUCUUCAUCGACUCUUAAAACAUUUUAUAAUCAUUGAACGCUCAUUAUGAAGGCUGUCUCAACUUCUUCCCUCCAAAAUGCUAAGGAAUAACUUAGACAACAGUUCAGACUCUAAAAAUGAAGAUGGCUCGGUCUUUUCACAGACUGAACACAAUAUUGUUGCAGCUUACUUGAUCACAGCAGGUAUGAUAAGUAUUCUCAGCAACAUAAUAGUUCUGGGUAUCUUCAUUAAGUACAAGGAACUUCGGACUCCCACAAAUGCAAUUAUCAUUAACCUGGCUGUUACUGACAUAGGGGUCAGUAGCAUUGGAUAUCCCAUGUCUGCAGCUUCAGAUCUGUAUGGAAGUUGGAAAUUUGGAUAUGCAGGAUGUCAGAUUUAUGCUGGGUUGAAUAUCUUUUUUGGAAUGGCAAGUAUUGGAUUACUCACUGUUGUGGCUAUGGAUCGAUACCUGACCAUCUGCAGUCCUAACUCAGGAAGAAGAAUGACCACCAACACUUACAUCAGCAUGAUUCUGGGGGCCUGGCUCAAUGGUCUCUUUUGGGCUUUGAUGCCUAUCAUAGGGUGGGCUAGUUAUGCCCCAGAUCCUACUGGGGCUACUUGUACCAUAAACUGGAGGAAAAAUGAUGUAUCUUUUGUUUCUUUCACGAUGACAGUUAUUGCGAUAAAUUUUAUUGUACCCUUGACAGUGAUGUUUUACUGUUAUUACCAUGUCACUCAAACCAUUAAAUGUCAUGAUACUAGUAACUGCACUGGAUACCUCAACAGAGAUUGGUCAAAUCAGGUAGAUGUGACAAAGAUGUCUGUGAUAAUGAUAUUUAUGUUUCUGGUGGCAUGGUCCCCUUAUUCCAUCGUGUGCUUAUGGGCUUCUUUUGGUGACCCAAAGAAGAUCCCUCCCUCAAUGGCCAUCAUAGCUCCACUAUUUGCAAAAUCUUCUACAUUCUACAAUCCCUGUAUUUAUGUGGUUGCUAAUAAAAAAUUUCGGAAGGCGAUGUUUGCCAUGUUCAAAUGUGAGAAUCACCAACCUAUGCCCGUGACAAGUAUUUUACCAAUGGAUGUAUCUCAAAACCCACUGACUUCUGGAAGAAAGUGAAAUAAGAGGAAAAGCACACAGUAUCAAAAAUUUUUUAUUUACUUUUUUCUCCAAUGGUUUAGUUUUAUUUUAAAUAUGAUCGUGCUUAGAUCAGAUACAUAGAUUAUUGUCCUAUUAGACCCUAAAUGCCUCAAGUGUUUCUCCUAUUUCUUCUAUUUGUGGGAUGGCUACUGUAGUGAAUGUUUCUUUAUGCCCUUUAUGUAAACUUAUGUCCAUCUCCUUUGAUGAAGCUAGGCACAUGAGAUUAAGGCCCAUUCUAUUUCUCCCAAUCAUGGCAUUCAUUACACUGUAUCAAUGACCAAGUAACUUGCCUGGGUCCUCCUUAGACUAGAAGUAGCCAUUUUAAUAUUGAAAUAAAUUAACAAUAAUAAAUAGUCUUCAGUAAGUAAAUUACAGAAAUGAGUUGUUGGAUGUUCCUAGAUGGAACUAGAUGGAAAACAUUUUUAGCAUUUCACUCUUUUAAAAUUUUAAUGCAAAUAUUAACAUACUACUUAACAAAAAUAAUCAAAUGAAUAUUAAACAUUUGCUUCUAAAUCACAUUAGUUGAUGCACAUAUUUA